AUGAAUCUGGGCUGGAAGCCCAAGUACGGAAGGUUCGACGUUCUGCCGCUGGUGAUAUCUGUGGCCGGUGCCGACCCUGUGGUGUUUGACAUUCCUCCGGAUCUUGUGAUGGAGCCAAUAGCGGAGAAGCUAGGCCUGGACACCAUGAGCAACAGCUCCCUGUGGAAGGACCGCGCUCUGGUGGAGAUCAACGUGGCCGUGCUGCACAGCUUCCAGACUGCAGCAUGGCUGACUCACGUGUGGGAGAAAGACAGGGGAAUGGAAAAGAAGAAACAGAUCCCCUUCAAAAUUCUUAGCCACCAUCUAUGGAGUAAAACAUUAGCCCAGAGGGUCAUGUGCACCAUCCUGUUUGCCUCAGAGACGGGGAGAUCAGAGAGCUUUGCCGACAAUCUCUACGACAUGUGCAAGCCUUACUUUAACGCAAAGGUGGUGUGUAUGAAGGACUACAUGGUCAGUGACCUGUGUAACGAGUCCCUUCUCCUGGUGGUGACCAGUACAUUCGGCAACGGAGACCCACCGGUCAACGGACAGACAUUCGACAAGGGUCUCAAAGAAAUGAUCAAGAACAGCGCGACAUUGAUAGAAAACGGAUACUCCGUGUUUGCCCUGGGCUCCAAAGCCUACCCCCACUUCGCGGAGUUCGGCAAGACUGUGGACAAAUCUCUGUCUGACCUCGGGGCCACGAGAGUUCACAAGGUCGGAGAGGGAGAUGAGCUGCACGGACAGGAGCACAGUUUUGACACCUGGGCCGGCGCUGUGGUGGAGGCGGCGUGCAAGAGCUACAACAUUGUCCCAGACAAAGAGUCCAAGAACAAGAAGGAGACGUCGAGGAAGGCAGUCCAGGCGUGGACACCAGACACCUACAGGCUCCUACCUCAGCCACAGACACCAAACCCGGACCUUUGUACCGGUCAGUGA